AUGACAGAAAAUCAUAGCAUAGAGCAUAGCCAUGCUAAUCAAGAUUUCAAUGAAAAGUAUACUCCAGGAUAUGACGAGAAGGUUCAGUAUGAAGAAGAAGAAGACCAAAGCCAGGAACAGAGACAGGAGCAGAGCCAGGAACAGAAUGACGGGAAUGGCGACUUGAAGCGAAAUUUAAAGGCUCGACAUCUUCAAAUGAUUGCAAUUGGAGGUACAAUUGGUACUGGUAUCUUCCUUUCCAGUGGAUCUGCUGUUGCUGAUGCUGGACCAGCUGGCGCAUUGAUCGCGUAUAUUGUUGUUGGUAUUAUGGUGUUUUUCGUGGUUACUUCUCUUGGUGAAAUGUCAGCAUACCUUCCCGUACCAGGUGCAUUCACUACUUUUGGUGCUCGGUUUGUUGAUCCCGCCUUGGGCUUUACGCUUGGUUGGAAUUACUGGCUUCAAUGGGCGAUUUCGAUUCCAACUGAGGUAGUUGCCGCUGGUAUCAUUUUGCAGUACUGGGCACCUAAUUUGCAAUCAUGGAUUCCUGCUCUUGUUUUUAUUGUGGUUUUGGUCGCCAUCAAUUUAAUUGGUGUCAGAGUGUAUGGUGAAUUGGAGUACUGGUUUGCUCUGAUCAAAGUCAUCACCUGUAUUUUGUUCAUUUUCGUCGGUAUUUUCGUGGACGCCGGUGUUGCUGGCGGAAAUAAGAUCAGCUUUUCAAACUGGAAGAUCGAUGGUGCUCCCUUCGUUGGCGGAGCUUUGUCGGUUUUCACAACAUGUUUGUCGGCAUUCUUCUCAUUUGGAGGAACUGAAAUGGUCGGUAUCACAGCUGGAGAAAGCAGCAAUCCUCGUAAAGCUGUUCCAAGAGCAAUGUCUCAAGUAUUCUGGAGAAUUCUUCUCUUCUAUAUUCUUUCCGUUUUCAUUAUCGGCCUUUGCAUUCCGUACAACGACCCAAGUUUGCUCGAUGCUGCUUAUGGUGACCUCAACGAUGCCGUCAAAGUUGCUCCUUUUACUAUGAUUUUCCAAAUGGCCAACAUGCCUGGAGCCGAUCACGCUGUCAACGCUGUUCUCUUGACCUCUGUCUUAUCAGCUGGAAACAGUUGCUUUUAUGCUUGUACUAGAACUUUGAUGGCACUUGGAAAGGAAGGAAGAGCCCCUCGCAUUUUUGGAAGGGUCAACAGAUGGGGUGUUCCUGUUUAUGCAUUGGCUGUUACUACUGUCUUUGCCUGCCUAGCAUUCUUAGCUGACAUUUUUGGCUCUGCCAAUGUGUUUCCUUGGCUUAUCAAUUUGACGGGAUUGUCAGCCUUGUUGACUUGGAUGUGUAUCUCUAUCAUUCAUCUUCGUUUCCGCCAAGCAUAUAAAGCACAAGGACGUGACAUCAAGGAUCUACCCUACCGUGCACCAUUGUUUCCUUAUGGCUGCUAUCUUGCUAUCCUUCUCUGUUUGGCUGUCUUGGUUGCAGACAUCUAUUACGCCGCUACUACCACACCUUUCGAACCCGUGAACGUUGUUGGUGUUAUCAGUAAGUCUUCGCUUACCGUUGUAAACUUCUAG